GUUCCAAGCCGUAUUUGCUAAAUCGUGCCACAAGAACAAGAACAAAAACACAAACAACGCUCUCGAACUUGCACAAUGAGGUUCAAGGCGAAAUUGAUGAACGAUCAGUUGUCGCUGUUGCACGCCAUCAUCGCUCCCAUUUCCAAGCUCCAGGACGCACACCGCCAKUACGCUGUCCUGUAUCUGGACGAGGAAUACGUUCGCAUUUCGUUUCGAAACUCCGAAUCGGGAAUCACCUGCUUCGUCGAACUCUCACAGAGGGAUUUGUUUGUCGACCACCGCAUCGAAUCGGCCGCCGACAACGUGAUUGUCUGUCAGGUCGAUCUCGUUUCCUUCAAGCUGGCCCUGCAGUCGGUGGUUGGGGGUGGUGGCGGAGGAGCAAACAAGCAGAAACAGAAUGGCAACAACAGCGAACGAAACACCCUCCUCCACUCGAUCCACCAGAACGAGGUCGUGGUUCUGAAGCUAGCGAAACGGAACCGAAUGCCCUGUUUGUGCCUGGAGGGGAAACACGCGCAGAGCGACUCCGCCAACCACGACGUGGAAAUCCACCAGGCCAUACCCGUGACGAUUUUGCGGAGGGCGGAAAUGCAAAAUCACCUGCCGCCACAGAUCAACAUGCCGCAGGUCCAGCUGGAACUGCCGGCGGACCGUCCGAUACGGCCACUCCUUGACCGUCUGAAGGCAAUGGGACAAUACGGUACGUUCUUGUUUGGUUUGCUUGCUUUUCUCUGACAAAAGAUACAGUGUGACGCGGUACGCGUUUAAUUAUCUCCCUUGGUGCACAACCGAUCGAGUGGAUGGGAAACAUCCGUGCACUUGUGUUUUUUGGGAUGCUCAUACAAAGUUUUUGUUGUUUGUGGUGGUGUCGUUCGUUUUCCAAUUGCGUUCGUUUUGUUCCUAUCGUACUUUGUUGUGUCAAAAUCURCAGURUUUUUGGAGGGUAACAUGAAGGGGGACCUGACGAUUCGACUACACCACGAGGGGGCAUCCAUGGCUUGCUAUUACAACGACUUGGUUCCGCGAUGGCCAGAGGACGAGCAGGACGACAACAACGCCCCAACGAAUGUGCCCGAUGCCAGCGCCUCUUGUACGGUCAAGGUCGAUGCCCAAAAGCUAUCAACCUGUCUUCAAUGGCAGCAACAGAGCGCGCAGCAGCAACAGUGGCAUUUGCCCGUGACCUCCUGCUUGCUUGGYUUGGUCUCGAAUGAGAUGCUGGUCUUGCACAUACUGUUGAAACCCGACCAGGUCGGAUUUUUCACUUAUUACCUUCCUGUCCAAUUUUUGCACGAAGAAGAUAUGGUAUGAUAGCCAGACCUACAACUGGCCGAAAUCUGCAAGUUGGGAACGCGGUCACUUGUUGCAAUAUGAAAGGGGGAAACAGAUGCGAUAAUGUACCGUACSGUUGUGAUGUGGACAGAAAACAAGUUCUAGCACAACACGAUURRAAGAUUUUCCGUCCAGAGUUCACUCAUGGAACAUCAAUCAAUAUAGGAUGAUUCAUAAC